AAAAGUUUAGGACACCGUGAUUGCGUAAUUUAACACCAACCGGCUUUAUACCUUUAUAUAAAUUGAUUAACAGUUGUAACGUUAGAUGUAACCAGGAAGUUAACUAUAGAAUAUUUGCGAAUUCAAAAUGGCGACUAGUUGUUCUGGAUCAGAUGAAUUUAUCAAUUUUAAAUGUUGUUUAUGUGAAAAGAAAAAUAUAACAAAGGAGGCGGAUACUUAUUGUGUGGAAUGUCAGGAUUACUAUUGUUCACCAUGUACUGACUUGCACAAAAUGUUUCCUUCUGCUAUAGGGGAACAUCAUUUUAUAGACAAGUCAAGUUUCAACACAGCUGACUUACAAAAAUCGUUGCCAAGUUUUCCAGUUGAAAAAUGUGAAGCUCAUAAAACCAAGUUACUGGAUAUGUAUUGUGCAGAUCACGAUGAUAUCGCUUGUGCGACCUGCAUAGCCAUUAAACACAGAACAUGUCAAAAUAUACACUCGGUACCAGAUGAAAUUGAUACCUUGUAUCAGAAGACUGAGGUUGAGGAUAUACAACAAAAGCUGCUUCGUAUUAAAACUAAAAUGGAAGACACAGAAAAAGCAAAGAAACUUCUUAUCAAAGAGCUUAAUGCCCAGAAGGAGAAGGCAACAGAGUCAAUAAGACAAUUCAGGAGAGAAUUGGAAGAAAUACUGGACACACUAGAAAUGGCAACAAUAACAACCCUAGAGGAAAAGUAUAAAAAUGCCACAGAGAAGUUAGAAAUCGACAUCAAUAAACUACAGAAACAUUUUGAUGUACUCAAACGAUCAUCACAUAAACUAACAAAGUCAGCUGGAAAUAAAGCACAAGAGUUUGUUGCUUUGAAAAAUUCUCGGAAACAUAUCAAUGAAGCUAAUGAAGCAGAAGCAGCGUCAGUGACAAAUUCAUCAGGUGUUAAAGUUGAAUUCAAUGCUGAUUUGACAAUGAUAAAUGCUUUGAAAGACUUCAAGACAUUUGGAUUUGUUUCAGUAAGUGAAUCUGAAAAUAUGAGGGACAAAUUGUAUGAUGUAAAAAGCAAGAAACUGGUUAAUAUCAAACAUGAAAAUGAUAGGAGGACAUGCAGUGUUUACGGUUCAUGCUUCACGGAUGAUGGACUAUUAUUUCUAGCUGACUAUAGCAACAAAGCAUUAAAGCUUAUUGAUUUGUCCUCGGAAUCAAUAAAAGAUCGUCUAGAUCUUUAUGCAUCUCCACUAAAUAUUUGUCAAAUAGGCAAAAACGAAAUUGCAGUAAGUUUGAUAAAUCAAACUAUUCAAUUUGUUUCAAAGGGAAACAAACUGAACGCCAUCAAACAACAGAAGGUAGAUCAUUUUUGCCACGGACUGGCCUGCAGAGACGAUAAAUUGUUUAUCUCAGAUCAAAGUACCACAGUUUACAUUUAUGAUAUUAACGGCAGCAUGAUACGUAAAAUUUCAACUGAUAAACAAGGCGAUGCAAUCUUCAGUAGCAACAGCGAAAUCAGUGUUAGCAGUGUUGGCAGGAUGAUUUAUGUGGCUGAUCAUUGGAAAGGUCUGAUUGUCCUUGACCUUGAGGGAAACUACAAGACAACAAUUACUGAUCCUGAUUUUGUUUACUUACAGGGAGUUUGUACGGAUAAACGAGGAAAUAUAUUUGUGUGUGGAUGGGGGAAGUCAAAAAUUGUUCAGAUCAAUGAAAAUUCUGGUACAAAAAUGGGAGUUAUAGGUGAUGUUUGUAAAAGCAGGUCUGUUAGCUUUAAUUCACAACAGAACAGACUGGUUGUAACCAUUGAUAACAGUGAUAAAAUAGAGGUGUAUUACUUAGCAUGAGUCAAAUAAACUUAAAUCAAAAUGAUGUCAAACGUAAACCCUAUUACUUAUUAAAGGUCC